AUGAUGCUCUUUGGACUUGUACUUCCUGUCCUCUCCAUGCUUUCCUUAGUAGAGGCCGAUGUACACAAUGCCACCGUCUGCGUCAAAGACCGCACUUGGCACCAAAUUGGUCUUGGAACUCCGCAAUCCCCAUCAAUACGCUAUGUCCCUCACUUUACCAUCAAUAAUAAGGCUACAGAGUGCGCGUGUAAUUAUUAUCGACAACGAAAUACGGGAGAUAAACAUUGGGACACAUGCACGGAUUGUAAAUAUGACCUCACGUCGUGUGUUUCGAAAGAUUGGCAUAUUGGUGGUGAUGAGUUCAGUUUCUACUGCAAGACAUAUUGCAAUGCCCCAGAAGGUUCAGAGGGGUAUAAGAAGUGGUAUUAG